AAAACAUUGUGAGAUUUUGGAACAAUUUUGUGGUUAUACGUUCGGUUGUUUGCUGCGAAUUUUAUUCAUCAGUUUUUACAAAUAGUUUUUUACGUGCGAAAUUUAAAGGCAUAACUUCAAUAAUAUUGAUAAUCUGUGCAUUAAGCAUUUGUGAAAAGUUAUUUAACAGAAAAUUGUAUGAGUUAAAACGGUAGCAAACUGUGUGAACGGUAACUAAAAGGGCAAGCAAAAAAGUACCAACAGAAAAAGGCCAGGUCACGACCAAGAAAGAAACGCGAAUCAUUCUCUACUACUCGUCUAUGUUUUAUGUGUGUUUUCGCAUAUUAUUUUAUAAGUAAAUUUCGGCGUUUGUGAACAAUAAACGUGUUGAAAGAAAGCAAACCUUAAACCUAUGUGCAACAUUGUGGCAAAUACACAAACAUAUGUACAUACAUUAACAACUGUGUGAAUUCUGGAUAGAAUCGACGGAAAAUCAAUUCCUAAUUAACCUGAGCUUCUUUAACGCAGCAGCUGUUCUAAUUAGAUUUCAAUCGAUUUUAUACGAAGCCGCAAACAUUGGUGCAUUUGCAUUUUGCUAGCAGCUAAAGGUUAUAAAAAGAAUUUGGGACAGAACAGCGGUUUUGUUUCCACCACCUCAACAAUUUAGCUGAAACCAUCCCGAACGCCAAGUACAAUGGCCGAUUACUUCGAGGAUAUGGGACAUGAACCCACUGGAGCCGAGGGCCCUAAUGAUUUUGCCAAACACUACAAGCGCCUACAAGUUUUGGCCAUUAUGAACGGCAUUGAUAUGGAAAUCGAGGUGCCCGAGGCAUCUAAGCGCGCUAUUGCUGCGCUGCCCGAGCAUGUGAUUGUCGAGGCAGAUGUGAAGCAGGAGCUGGAAUGUGCUGUUUGCAAGCAGCCGGCGGAGAUCGAUGAGAAAUAUAAAGUUUUGCCGUGCAAGCAUGAGUUUCACGAAGAAUGUGUGCUGCUGUGGUUGAAAAAGGCAAACUCGUGCCCAAUGUGCCGCUAUGAGUUGGAAACAGAUGACCCAGUGUACGAGGAGUUGCGCGAAUUUCGCCAAGACGAGUCUAACCGUCGCGAACGUCAAAAUUAUAUGAUGGAUUCGAUGUUUUCUUGAAUAAAAUCAUUAUAAAUUCUUUAAUAGACGAUGAUUAAGGUUGUGGUGGUGGGGAGCGGUAUUAGCUGCAAUUUUUUCGGAGAGAAUUAAUAAAUUUUAUUUGAAUGCCAUAAAUGUUUGUCUACUUUUUCUUCAUAAGUAUAUGUAUAUCUGUAUAUUACAUCAAUAAAACAUAAAAUCAGAAGAUAAGUUAAA